GUAAGUAUACAAGGCAAGGCCAUAAAUGGACUUUUUUUAAAAAGUGGCGUAGAUUUUACUUUAUCAAUUAACUGAUAAAUUUUAAUCUGCAUCUUUAUAGAUUUCUCAUAAAUAACUCAUAAAUCCCGGAUUCAAAUAGUUAAUAAUAUAAUAAAAAAUUUGAUGAAAAAUUCAAUGAAAUUAUUACAUUCGUUACAAAUUGUCAUACGUCAAAUAUGUCCUCCCCGACAUAUAGUUAUGGCAUUUGCCUGUUAAUUCAAAUGUUUUUUUCCACUAAGUAAUUAUAGUAUAUAGUGGUGUAUGGAGGUUUAGCGUGAGCAGAUGAGAAAUCAGCUGUGAUUGAAUCCUGCUCUGCACGUUUGGUUUGCUUUUAAAUAACAGGUGACAGACUUAGUGCAUCAAGUUUAAUUUGCAUAAGAGCUACCUCAUGGAGAACUUAACUGAUCAUAAUGAUGAAGAUUCUUUGGAAUUGGCGUCGAAAACAUGGAAUAGGGUGAUAGACUCUGCCUCCAAAACUGGAUUUAGAGAAGGCAUUAAAGAUGGCUCAAUGUCUGUUUUUCAAGAUGGUUUUGAUAGAGGUUAUAAACAAGCUUUUAGGGUUACAUUUCUUUUAGGAGUUUAUAAGGGUCUUGCUAAUUCUAUGAUGAAGGAUGUUCAGCUUCCUCUUCAAGUUGAAAAUAUUCUGUCUAAAUCUAAAAAAGGAUUAUGUUACUUGUGUGAAAUUGAAAGCAAAGGAACUACAGUAGCUCCCGAUCAAUCAAUAGAUGAAAUAGAAAAUUGUCAAAAAGAUCAUCCAGAUAAGAUUUUGCAAAUUUUAAAAGAUUAUUUUGAUCCUCUAUUUCAAGAGCAGAAUAUUGACCUUAGUUUGUUAGACUUGCAUAAGUGAUUUUAAACAAUUUCAUUUAAAAAUAAUAACAUAUUUUUAUACGAUUCUAUUAUACAGUUUAAGUAAGUUGUUUGUAUUAAUAAUAUAUGUAUAUAAUGUCAUUUUUUAUCUUGGAACUUGCUAAAAGCUUGAAUUGGGACAUGGAUUUUUACACUUUUUUUAUUGUAUCGGAAAUUAUAUCAUGAAAUUAAGCUAUUUUUAAAUUUUUUGUAAAUUAUGCAAAUGUAUGCUGCAACCCUUAGUAUAUGAUAUAAAUAAUAACUUUUUGACUACUUUUUGAAGUUAAUAGGUUUCAUCCAGGAACUAUCAUUAAAUAAGACAAGAGUAAUGUUGAUUUUUACAGCUUUUUUACUUUAUUAAGCAUUGUUCAAUAAAAUUAGAAAAAGAAAACGAUUGCUUUGUUUGUUGUUAAUUAUACAGAUGUACAAUCUCGGUUAUCGAAAUGUUAAUAAAUGACUGAUGUAACAAUUUUAUAAAAGAAUUUCAAUCACGUUUUAUUUCGAGUAUAUUUUCAAUAAUAAUUGCAAAAAAAUUAUUGGCGAAUAUAAAAUA